UGAUGUUGAUGCCCCAUAAAUAAAUUUGUUUUUUGUACAUUUAAAAAAAAUAUGAAAUUUAUUAAUUAUAUUAUUUGAAUUAAUACCAGUCAAUAAUUAAUACAAUUUCGGGUAAUAAAAGACUAAAAAAUAAAAACAAUUAUGAAUUUAAAUUCGCCAAUAGACUCAUGGGUGUCCUGGGUGAGAAUGUUCGAUAUUCCCGAAGUCAGUAAACAUAAAGAUGGAUUUACUUUAUACAAAGUUGUUUCUUUUCUUUACCCAGAAGCAUGUCCGGAUGCUGUAACCAAACUGAUAGUGUGGAAAAGAUUUAAUGAUUUCAAAAAAUUGCACAAGGAAAUUAAAUUGUUGCAAAAAAAGUGCAACAUCAAGGAAGAUCUUCCUAGUUUACCAAAGUCUGUUUUAUUUAAGAGAUAUGAUGAAGAAACAAUAAACCAAAGAAAAAGAGGCAUCCUAAACUUUCUAGAAUACAUUGGAAAGCAUUCUUCACUAUUCACUUCACCUGUGUUCAUAAAUUUCUUUGGAUCCAGUCUGACUCCAGUAGAUCAUCUAAACAGCAACAUUAACGCUAUUAGAGCCAACCUAAACCUACCUGAAGAGCCAGAACUUUAUAAUAUCUCAGAUAAUGAACAAAGUGAUACUGAUUCUUUUACCAGCUCUACUGUGCAGGUCUCAACCUCAAAAACCAGCCUGAAAAAACCAAAUUCAAUGACCUCAAUAAAUUCACAAUGCUCAAAAACCUCAGAUCAAAUCAGUAUUUCAAAUGUGGACAACAGUUUAUUACUGUUGGAAGAACAGAAUUCCCCUGUGAAACCUUCUUUAUCAUCUGAAUCAACUCAGUACUUGAUUAAUGCUUCUAUGCAUGUAAACAUGGCCAUUGAACUGGAAAAUGAUAAGAGCUAUGAAGAGGCUUUUGCAGCAUACAAGACAGCUGUGGAUAUUUUGAUUAGUGGAGGAAAAGAUGAUCCUGAUUAUGAUAGAAGGCAAAUGGUGAGAUAUAAGACUGAGAAAUAUUUAAUUAGAGCUGAAAGGAUUUAUAAUAUGUAUUUGGCUCCAGAGGUUAAAGAGUUACAAUUACAGCAACAAGAACCUGUGCAAAAACCAAAUGUUAUGAAGGGACCACUGUACAAUCUAUAUAAAUAUAAAGUUAUAAAAAUUAUUUCUUCUACUGGUAUGUUAGCCCUUCACUCUGAACAACAACAGCUUUAUUAUAUAAAGGUUAUACAUAAAACAGUACAAUUCCUGAAUACUCAUCUAAUAUUACCAGAAAAUGUGCCUUACAUGGUGAAGCUAGUCAAUCACUAUAACAGUGACAAUGCUCUAUUUUUAGUUUUGGAAUUUUGCAGUGGCACUAAAUUAAGAGACCUCCUCCAAAACAAAUCCGUGACAACAGAAAAAGACGAAGAAUUGCUAAGAAAAAUCCAUGACCAAUCGGACAACGAAUCCGAGCUGAGUUUCUCAGAUCUGCUCAGCGAUUACGCGAGUAACAGAGGCUCAAAAAGUACUCCGACAAAGAAAACUAACACGAACGACUUUGACAGCGGUAGUUUUGAGAAAAUUGACAUGUCCGAUGUUUUACCGGAUAAAAACGUACCUAAGAAUAUCAUAGACCAGCCAAUCGAGGAUAUUGGAACUAAUGAUUUGCUAAGUCAGAGUAAAACUGGCGAGGAGGGGACCAAGGCUUCGCCCAUGAGACAUUCCAUCGGUCGAACUUUGAGCGAUGUCUCGAGUUUUGAGUCUUGCGAUGAGUUCGAGGGUAGAAGUACUAUAUCGGAAGCGGUUAUCGUGAAAUGGUGCUCGCAAUUGUUGAUUGCGUUGGACAAAUUGCAUUGUUUGGGUGUUAUAUGCAGGGACUUAAGUAUAAACAAUCUCUUGAUAGAUGAAAACGACAACUUAGUUUUAACUUACAUGUGCAACGUAAAGGAAUUAUGCGACCUCUACUCGAGAGGUUUAAAUUUAGAUUUGGCCCCUGAAGUUUAUAGUUUCGAGGAUAUUACAGAGGCAGUAGAUUGGUGGAGUUUUGGGGCCAUAUUAUAUGAAUUAUUAGUGGGAAUCCCUUUAAGCAGAGUACACACAUCUAUUAAUAGUUAUACCCAUUUAAUUAUACCUAAGUAUGUCUCUAUUGAAGGAAAGUCUUUAUUAAAGCAGUUAUUAAUUUAUGAGCCACAGGAAAGGUUAGGAAGCAAAUCCAAUGGGAUCCAGCACUUAAAAUCGCAUCCGUUCUUUCGCAGUGUUAAUUGGUCCCUAGCAGAAUCCAGAUGCUAAGCUAUUAAGUUAAAAUUAUGUUUAUUGCUUUAAUUUUAUUAAUUUGUGAUAUUACCAUAUUCCAUUUUUAAAAAUAGGGGAAAAAGCACUGAAACACAUUUGGCUCUCAAAAGAGAUUUUAUAUUGUGUGCAUUUAAGUUUUAACAUAGGAUAUUUACAUUUUAAGAGCUUAUUGGGUCUGUAUGAGUACUAAAUCUUUUUAUUGCUUAGAAGGAUAAAAAACUUUCCAUCUAAAUCUACAGUAUUCAGUUUAGCCAUUUAUUUUUUUUUUAUUAAUUAAUAAUUUUGUUUAUUGUAUUUGUUUUUAAAAUUUUUAGUUAUUGCGCUUUUUACUAUUUUCCUUAAAAAAAUAAAGCAUAAAUAUGCAUAUUGUUGA